UGUUAUGAUUUAUUAAGAUCAUAUUUUUAUUUAUUAAUGCAUUUUUUAAGAUACAUAUCGUUAAACUUUUCAUUGGCGAGAGUGUGCCUCUUCGUGAUCAUUGAUCUUCGUGACGCUCGAUCUUUCCGUGCAUGGUAAGACCUCUUACCUUUUAUUUCCGUCGCGCCCAUUGCUCGGUUGGAUCGUUGAACUUAUUCGCGCGAAUGGCCUAAUCGCAAAAAACGGAAAAGAGGAGACGAGAUCGACGGCGAAAGAGAUCGGCCAGUCGGAAAGAGAGUGAGUGAGUGUUUUCUUCGUGGUGAACCGAUCUAUGGUGAAGGUCCCCGUAUAUAAGCCACCGUAUAGACGUAUAAUAGUCAGUGCGGAAACACCAUCGGAUCUCGAUCCAGAACCACGAGAUGACAAUCAUGUUGCAAUUCUUUUUACUCACGCUGGUGGCAAUGACAGUCAUGGCAUGGCCCUCGUUCUUGGUACACGAAGGUCAUGGUCUUGGAGCAGAUGAGCCCAAGCUCAUCUCGCAAUCAGUACAUUUGCACGAGGUGCCAACCAAGAUAAUCAAGGUCACCAAGACAGUAGCUAUCAAGGUCCCUGUGCCGUAUCCCGUUAAGAUACCACAUCAUAUCCCAUUUCCAGUGCCAGUGAAACAUCCCGUAGCGAUUCGAGUACCGCAGAUAGUGAAAGUGCCGCAGCACGUGCCAGUUCCUAUAGAGAAGCCAGUACCGGUGGAACUGCAUCAGCAGGUGCCGUUCAUAAUAUCUAAACCGGUGCCUGUGCCGCAUCCGAUCCCCGUACCGCAUCCGAUUACUUUGACCAAGCCGGUCUUCAUCCCGGUGCCGAAGACGAUCCCGAUUCCACACUCGAGUCACGACGGAGGUGGCAUUUCCGCUGAAGCUGGAGGCGGAGACGAAGCUGGUGAUCAUGCCAGCCACGAGACGUUCAACUACAGCACCUAUAUCUCUCAAGGACACGAAUCCUACGACCAGCAGAGCAGCGACCAGCAGGCCCAGUUCCAGCCAUCCCAGCCGGACUACUCGGCGGAUCAUUAGCUUUCGAAAUGCGACAGGACGACUGAUUAUGGCGGUGUGCGAGGUCUGCGCGGCUUGAAAGGAAAAGUAAAUCAUUGGCGUAUGAUAUACGCGAGCCGAUCACUUUGAAAGCGGUUUAAGCGAAAUCUUAAAGGGUUCCGAUAAGUAAAAUAUGGGUACUAAAUGUACGAUACCCUUUCUUGGAAACUUGACUCAUUCCACUUUCAAAGGUAACCCGAUAACCCGAUGCAUAAAUAUAAAGUGGUGUUUCCCAAAUUUUAACUACGUACCACUUUUGAAGUAUUAGAUUUGCAGAAGGAUAAAGAAGUGAAUAGGAAAUUAAUUUUAUGCUCAUUCAAAAUGCAUAGGAAAUAAUAUUUGUAUAAUAUUGAUAUUGAUUAGAAAGAUUUAGAAUUUUUAUUUUCUAUACUCAUAUUAUUUGGAAAAUAUCAGACACAUAUUUGUGUGGGAUGCAAUUCGUUAAUCGUUCCUGAUGAAGAAACAACGCUUUCUCCCACAGUAGCGGUAAUUAUCAGCAAAGUGUUUCUGUAACAUAGAGAAAGAGAAAGAUAUAUCUCAAAUGUAGAACGACUUUUGCGAUUAAAUAAUCGAUUUUUAUCAAACAAUUUAAUGGUUGGAUGUAGUAAUAGAGACAGAAGUUGUAAAGGGCAUAACAUUUAUAAAUAUUCACAAAUUUUCCAAUCUCUCUGAAUUAGAUCUCAUCUUUGAAAUAAUGUGAAAAGAAACGAACGAAUAGAACGCACAAUAAGGAUUUUUUUCUUUGAUAUCUAUUAUUAUUUCUGUCAACACGACUAUGAAAUUGAAACACUUUCAAUCGUUGAUUUGUUGAUUUCUGAAGAAUUGAGGUAGUAUUCUUGUACAUAGACAAGUAGAUUCUUCGGAAAAUGUUGAGUUUUUGUUUUUGCUGUUAUAGUUGAUUUUCGCUUGUUAUGUGAGAUUGUUAAUGCUAGUAUUAUUUUUUUAUAAUAAAACAUUUAUACACACGUAACUA